AUAGCAUACAUCACCUUAAGUCACCGAUGGGGCAACUCAAAGUUCCUCAACCUGACUAUGUCAAAUAUGGCGCAGCUGAAAGGGGAAAUCAACUUCGAUGACCUGCCUCAAACGUUUCAGGACUCCGUCACAGCCUCAAGAGUCCUGGGAUACGAAUAUGUUUGGAUCGAUUCGCUGUGUAUAAUUUAA